AUGUCACUGGUCUUUUAUUACACAAAGCACCCCUCCAAGCCAGACCCCUCUGGUGAGUGCACCCCAUACCUGCAUUUGAGGGGCCACCAGGAGGAGGGCUAUCGCCUCCCCUGGAACCAAAACCGGAGUGGUUGCCUGCUCAGUGCCUCCGAUGACCAUACAAUCUGUCUGUGGGACAUCAGCACAGUGCCCAAGGAAGGGAAGACUGUGGAUGCGAAGACCAUCUUUAUAGGCCACACUGCGGAGGUGGAGGAUGUAUCUUUGCAUUUGCUACACGAAUCUCUCUUUGCAUCUGUGGCAGUGGAUGCCCACACUGCUGAGGUCAACUGCCUGUCUUUCAACCCCUUCAGCGGGUUCAUCUUGGCCAUCAUUUCAGCGGACAAGACUGUGGCUCCCUGGGACCCGAGGAACCUGAAGCUAAAACUGCACUCCAUGCAGUCGCACAAAGAUGAGAUCUUCUGGGUUCAGUGGUCUCCCCAUAACGAAACCAUCCUGGCCUCCAAUGGAACACUUAGACAGCUGAACGUCUGGGACCUGAGUAAGAUUGGGGAGGAACAGUCACCCGAGGAUGCCGAAGAUGGUCCUCCUGAGUUGCUGUUCAUCCAUGGCGGACACACAGCCAGGAUCUGCGACUUCUCAUGGAAUCCGAACGACCCCUGGGUCAUCUGCUCAGUGUCAGAAGACAACAUCAUGCAGGUUUCACAGAUGGCUGAAAAUAUCUACAAUGAUGUGGGCCCAGAAGGAGCUGCAGAUACGGAGGUCCAGGCGUCAGUGGAACUUCUCUCUGACUCGACACUUCUCCUUUGA